GCCAUACUGCUUUCGUUCGUUCGGCACAGUACGCGCCCAGCGCCUACGCGGAUCGUCGCGGUGCUCGUCGGUUCUCGUUCGUCGUCGUCGUUGUCGUUAGUGGUGUAGUUUCUUUAUUUUUUUUUUAUUUUUUAUUCUUACGAACUUUUCCGUUGACUCGUGCGUGUUCACCGACAACAAGGGCGGCCGUGUUAAAAAGGACACCGUUUUAUUUCGCCCACAGCCGCCGCCGCCGCCGCCACCGCCGUCGCCACUGCUGUCGCUGUUCUUUUCUCGACCGGCUUCGGAGAGCGUGCGUCCUUCUCGUCGGUGCGAACAGUGGUGGAAGAAAGAAGCACGGAAUUUUUUUACACGCUCCGGAAGACUGGCUUUCGGAGCUGACCGAACGAUCAGGGAUAAUUGAGAGAAACUGUGAAGUUGAAGCUGGGUUCUCGAUUUUCGAACGCACGAGAUUCGAGACAGUGGAAGCGAAGUGAAGAAGCUUUAUUCCACGUCAGCAUGAUAUGAUAGCAGCGGCCGAAGGAACCACCCCCUGAAACAUGAAGAAUCCUUGCGUCCUCGCGUACUUCCUGCUCCUGCCAGCGGUGCUCGGGUUGAGCCUGCAGGAGGACGACCUGGUGUUCGACGAUGUCGGCGAAGAGAACAGCAGUCCUGCGACCGUGAUCAGCCGCCGUUACGAGGAGCUACGAACUAGCUGGCACGAACAGAAACGACCAUACGACUCGAAGAGGCACCAGGUCGAGAGGUUAUGGGGCGUGCCCGAUGUCAUCGUGCCCGUUGGCCACGUACUCAAGCUAAGGAUCCCGAGGCAAGCGUUCACCGGUACCGUGGAUUAUUACGAGGUAUUCGACGCGAAUGGAAACGAGCUGCCACGGUGGUUGUACUGGGACGACGCGGCCUCGACACUGAUGGGUGUCCCAUCGAAGAAGGAUGCGGGUAGCCAUCACUUGAGCGUGAAGGCGAUCGGAAAACACGGUGACACCGCGAAGGACCUGUUCAUCGUGCAAGUGGUUCCUGAGAAACACGAGGAAUUGAAGCAUAGAGAUGGAAAGACGCAUUGCAACGAAGGAGAAGAGCAAACACUGCUGACCAUACUGCUGGACACGAAGUUCGAUAACCUUUCGCCAUCUAUAAGAGUCAACACCAUCGAUAACCUUGCCGGGUUUUUGGGACUUCAUUUGAGCUCGUUCACGAUGCACCCGCAGAGCGGCAAGGAAAACUCGAACACCGACUCAUCUGUGAUCCUCAGCGGGCCUGGAAACGUGAAACACCGCAAAGAGAAACAUCUAACCGCGAUUCAGUGGCAGGUCGGCUGCGACGGUCACUUGUGGAAGCAUCAGACGGACCUGGUGAAACGGUUGCGGGAACAAGCCAAGGAUGGCACUCUGGCAGAAGUUAUGCAGCUACCUGUUUUAUUAUGGCGCGUGAAAACCGAGGCUAGUUUGUUAUUGAGAAACCGGCGGGAGGCUGGUUCAGGGAACUAUGGUAAUACGGAUGAUUACAAUGGUUACGACGAUGAUUACGAGGACGAAUACGAAGAUGGCGAGGAGUACGGCGAGGAUGGCGAGGACUCGCAAGUGCAACCAACCAUCGUGCCGGAAACUAGCUUCGCCAGAGGAAACGUUGAGGCGGUACAUCCUCGUAGACAUCAUCACGGUGAAGGAACCAUCGAUUGGAACACGGAUCAGAUAGACAAGGAUGUAAUCACUGGUGAAAACGAAGAGAACUUUGGAGAGAACAAAACUGCCGCGGAGACGUCGUCAAACACAACAACCACUGAACUUACAUCACCACCACCAUCAACAACUACAACCACCACCACCGCGACGACUAGCUCGACAUCAACAACAACAACAACAACAACAGCACCGACUACAACAUCAACAAUAAUCCAACAACCACCGUCAACGGCCACAAGUAGUACAACUAGCACAACAACAACGACAACAACAGCAGCAGCAGAUACAACGACGAUCAGUGCCGAUGCACUGACCACUGUCGCUCCGUCGACCGAAUCACCGGAGAAACCGGAGAUCACCGAAGAAACGACGAAGAACACCAGAUACACGGAGAACGAAUCUCUAAACGUGUCAUCCGUUACCACCACAAUACCAGAAUUCAUUACCACCCUUCCCUCGGUAAUCGUUCCUCAUUCUAGCACCGCUGGAACAACGUCCAGGACCAACAUUAUCUUCGACCGAACGGAAACGGACGUCACCGUUGGUACUGUUAACGUCACCGUGGCCGAGCCAACGGAACAGUCGCCCUCGACGAAACAACCCACCAUUCUAGUAUUUUCUACCAUACGUCCGAACGUUACUACCAUGUUCGCAACCACAACAUCCGCCCCAAUUACCAGCACACCCAUUACAACAGAAAUGAGAACAUCACCGACCACCACUACCACUACAACCACCAUGGCUCCAACAACAACCACUAUCAUGACCCCUACCUCUCCGUCAACGACCACCACCACCACAACAACAACCACCACCGAAUGGUCCAUAAUUACGGAGAACGUAGAGUAUGGUGUUCACAACUUCCCACCUACGCGCGAUAGGAGAUUGAAGAAGAUACCGGUGACCGCUGGUAAACCGUUAAGCUACAUCAUACCACCGAAUACAUUCAGCGAUCCUGAGGAUGGUGACACGAGAAACUUGAAGCUGAGUUUGUAUUUGCAAGGUGCACCGCUGAAGACCACCCACUGGCUUCAGUUCAAUCAACGCACACAAGAGGUUUAUGGAUUACCGUUGGAGAAUGAUAUAUCUACCUGGAUGUACGAGCUGGUAGCUACCGAUAGCGAGGGAUCGAACGUGACUGAUCAACUAGAUGUUCAUGUACAGCAACACAAACUUAGUCGCAGUGUCAAUCACGAGUUCAGUAUUUAUCUGAGGAUCGACAAGCGUUCCGAGUUUCCAACGGAAGUUGACUGGGAGCUAAAGGUAAUUCGAAGGUUAGCCGAAUUAUACGGAGAUAGCGACACCAGGCACAUUACCGUUCGAUCGAUCGAUGUUGAUCACGAUCAAGCAAUCUUUACUUGGACCAAUGAUAGUCUACCUAGAAGCAGCGAGUGUCCUAAGGAAUACAUUAAUGAUCUACUACAUGUGCUGAUCGAUAGAAACGGUGAUCCUAGCCCUUCGUUGAGGGAAGUCCUUCAGCCCGAAAUCAGAGUGAAACGAGUAGUCUAUCAAGGUAUUGGACAGUGCGAGGACAUGACUCGUCCAGAGACACCAAGAGUUUCCACUCAAGAGCCUAAAUCAAACUUCCCACCAUUGCCAAGGAACCAGGUGGAUCUAGUCAAUGCCACCGUUGGUCAGUUGCUUGUGUUUAAAGUGCCAGAGGAUACUUUCUACGAUGCGGAAGAUGGUUCUGCUCGCAACAUGCAGAUGAAUCUAUUGACCAUCGAACGCAAGCCUAUUCCUCCCCAUGAAUGGUUACAAUUCGAUAGCAAGAACCAAGAAUUCUAUGGAGUACCAAUGCGCAGCGACGUUGGGCGCAAAGAGUAUCAGUUGGUCAUCACUGAUAAAGAGGGUGCAAGUGCUACUGAUGGCCUAGUCGUUGUCGUUCAUCCCGCUCCAUUCACGCAGCACACGGUCGAGUUCUCGAUGACAUUGGAUAUACCUUACGAAUCGUUCGCGCAUUCCGCCCUUCAGAAGCGGAACUUCAUCGAAAAGUUACGCGAUCUCUACGAGGACAGAGACACUAACGCGAUCUCAUUGCACAGUAUAUCAAACGGUAGCACAGUAAUUACUUGGCACAAUAGAACCUUGCCUACCUCAUAUUGCGCGCACGAAGAAGUGAGCAGAUUGCGAUCGGUGCUCGUCAAGAGCGACAACGAUCGUCGAUCCGUCACGGACGAAGUCCUAGAAGUGAUGGGCUCGAAAUUCCCCGUGAAACAGAUCACAGUGAUACCGAUGGGAAUCUGUCUCGGUGAAUUAACAGACAUGCAUUCGCCUGACAACUACGUUCCUCCGGUGGACGAUUCCACACCGGUCGGAACCUUCCACGAUGACUAUCUCAUCACGUUCGUCCUGCCGGCUAUAAUAAUCGCCGUGAUGCUCAUUCUGGCUGGUAUAAUCGCUUGUGUGCUGUACAGACGAAGGCGUAGCGGGAAGAUGAGCGUCAGCGAGCAAGACGACGAGAGACAGAGUUUUCGUAGCAAAGGAAUUCCGGUUAUAUUCCAAGACGAGCUCGACGAGAAACCAGACCCAGGUAACAAAUCACCCGUCAUUCUGAAGGAAGAAAAACCACCGCUACCACCUCCGGAGUAUCAGAAAACCGAGGACGGCGCGGACGUACCGAUGCUGCCGAAGGAGAAUUCUGAAGAACCGUAUCAACCGCCGCCACCGUUCGCCACGAAUCGCGAUACCAAUCGUCAAAAUCGUCCGAAGCCCACCCCGACGUACAGAAAACCACCCCCAUACGUACCUCCCUAACAAAAUACAGUUCAUUCGCCCACGCGCAAAUAUAUGCUAGCGAUGCUCGGAGACUCCCCAAUACACGCGCAAAACCAAACCAACUAUCAGAAGAAACCACAGUACGUCGGUAACAACGUCGACAAUUGUGGCGGAUCUCUGAACGUAUACAGCAAUCUUAAGUAAGGCUUUCCGUUGGUCCGAGAUUCAAUCGAUAUCGCGUAAGUAAAAAAAACAAAAAAACAGAAAAAAAAACACAAAAAAAAACACCUAAAAGAAUUGAUUCGCGAGAGUUCGCCAAAUCGCGCCCAUGUUUACUUACUUUGUAAUAAUAUACAUAUUAUUAUACUCAUUCGUCGCUAUUUAUCCGCGGUGUAACGUAUUUAAGAGAUGAAGUCUGUGGGGAAUUAAACCGCGAGGGUGUUGUUCGUUCUCGCGGUUUCAUAUUUCUUUUUUUUUUUUUUUUUUUUAAAUCUUCAUCCACGAUGUACUUUUAUCAACCGUCUUAUAUUUCAUGGGAAACUUUUUCUAGGGAGUGUACGGGAUUACAAAUCACGCGUUGCCUUUCGUAACGAAUUCAAACUGUAGAGAGGAAGGAUUCACUUACUCCGACCGGGUAUAUUGCGGAUAUUUUAGGUUUUAGGUUUACGAAACUGUAGAACCAGCGUCGUUAGGGCGAAGUAAUUUUAUUCGGCGAUAUAACGAAGUUCGGUGUACAGCAAACGAUACUCGUUAAUGUUUCAGUAAUCAGUGCCAUUUUUUAAGCAAUAAGAGUAUCGAAUGCUGUGAACGAAAAUAAGAAAAGAAAGAAACAUGUACUAUUUAAUGGUUCUACUAAAGACUUAACAGCAGUUUACUGUUCGAACGGUCUCGCAAGUAUCAAGGACUAUCGACUUAACGAAUCUUCUUAUCGUACAAACGUACCUACUUACAUCGUAUAACACUGCCACAUGAUGAAUAUAACGUGAGCUCGUCGUCGGGCGAGGCAGUUUUCAUCGCCGCUAAUUACUCGAUCAUUUUUUUAUAUUUUUUUUUUUUUUUUAUUUUCUAUACGUUGUCUUAUAAAAUGAAGGAAACGUUUAUGGAAGGCGUGAAUGAACGAAGGAAUCACGAACUGGCCCAUCCGACGAUCAGUUGUCAGACUUAAAAAAUGAAAAGAAGAGAACUGAGAAUUUUUUUAAACCGUAACUUAAUCGAAUAUAUCCGUUCGCGCGAUGCCAUUUGCAAAGUGACAGCAAAAUGCUUCCAUUGGCGCUGUAGGCCAUGCAGAGUAAAAGGAUAACUAAUGAUAAUAUAUACAAAAUAUAUAAUAUAAAUAUGUAUAUUACCUAUUUGUCGUUCGAUAGACAGUCUGCUGCAGUAAUUUUAAGUCGACGUUGUUUAAAACGAUGCCCCAGAUCCAUGUUAUAGCAUUUACCUUCUAAUUUCUAUUAUUAAUGCACACUGUACAGGAAGCUUUACUGUUCAUUUUUCUCUCUAAUUUUAUUUCACGCACAAUCAAUUCCUCUGAUUUUUAUAACCCUCCGAUUCAGAUUUUUCUACUAUCCAUGGUUAUACGGUGAGAAAAUUCAAGCCUUACGUAUCUUAACGAUUUUAAACCCGUCGGGAGGUAAUUUAAUUUAGAUUUUACAUAGUUACCAAGCCAAAAAGUACUAACUAUUUAAAGCAAAGUGGAAAACAAUGGAAAGGAUAAGGAAGAAAGUAACGAGAUCUACUUUUAAUAUAUACAAAAGCGUGACACCCGUACCCUGUGCGCGGUGCGUACAUUUUAUAAAUCAAGAUGAUUCGGAUAAAGUCCCUCAACUUUUGCUCUGUUGCAAAAUUCUUGAAAAAAAAAAGAAAAAAUGAAACGAUGAUAAAGAAAACGAUUUUUUUAGAUAUGGGAUGCGGGUACACAGGCGCGAAUGCUGUUUCUUCGACACCUCGAUGCUUUCCUGAUAUUUUUUAAAAGAGGAAGACACGAGAGUGGAAAGGAACGAGAGACGACGAAAAAAAAAAAGAAAAUGAUACCUUUUCGCGUACCUCGAAUUUGAUGGCUCCCUUUAUCCACCUUGACGAGAAAGGGACAGCGUUAACGAAUCCGCAAAUUUGGGGUAACUACUAAAUGAAUCACGUGUGAAUGAUUAUGAUGCCACUGCUGAUGAUGAUAAUUGUAUAUGUAGAAUGAUAAACGGAUGUUUCGUGUGCAAGCUAAAAAUUACGAUAUAAUAUAUAUAUAUAUAUAUAUAUUAUAUAUUACUAUUAAUUCACGUCUUUAUAAAGUAGAAGAUUUAAGUAUACUAACACACGCGACUGCUCGAAUCCCUUUUUCAUUGCGCCCUGUUUAUCGCAGGUCUUGUACGAAACAAAAGUUGCUUUAAGAAAAAAAAAAAAAAAAAAAAAAAAAAACAGAAAGGGGA